AUGGUUGUUAGAAUCCGGCUGUCGCGUUUUGGCCCGCGCCAUUCGCCCUUUUACAACAUUGUCGUGGCCCAGGCGAGAACUGCUCGCGACUCCAAACCGCUCGAAGUCAUCGGCACCUACAACCCAAUCCCGCAGAAGCCCACGAAUUUGUCGGAAGAAGAAGCCCUCGUCGCGAAGCCAUUCAAAGAAAUUUCGCUGGAUCGGACACGAGCCAAGUACUGGCUGGGAGUGGGCGCACAGCCAACCGAUGGCGUCUGGCGACUGUUGACACUGCUCGGACUGUUGGAAGCCAAGCCGAAAAAGUUUGCGGCGCAGAAGGAUUAA